CUCUUCCUUACCGACAAUGCGAUCCAAGAUGGCGGAGUGCGAAAAGCGUGGGCGCGCGGCCUCUUGCCACGUCGCCAAGUCGCGGCCAACUUCAGAGACACGUCACUCGCAACUUUCCCGACGUAUGCGCACCGCGUCAGUCUGAUCGGUAUAAACCUAGAUUAUCAAUUAUUAACUAUGUGUCAUUGUUAGCGACUGUUAGUGAAAGAGCCGGAUCAAAUUCGGCCGGAGGAGCCGCGGACGCGUAGCAUACGUGGCAUCCUCGGCCGCCAAUCAGAAGUCGUUGGAUUUUGAUAGGCGUGGCUUCGGAACUCGUACACUUGUCUGUACGUGCGGCCGCCAUAAUUCUUAGGAGAUCGUCGCGUGCGAAGUGUUCGCUCGUGUUUUUCCCUGAGGAGCUAAGUACGCGGCUCUGCGGCCGUCCCAUUGUACAAAACUCUGACUGACAACGCGGGUCGUCAACCAGGAUCGAGGAGGAGAGUAGCAAAGUACAACUAUGGAUAUCCAAACAGGAGCGGUAUAUGUAGGAAUCGUCCUAUUAUCAGCAGUAGUCAUUGUACUAGUGUCGAUGUUUGGAAUAAAAGAAAAAUCAUACGAAGAAGCUAUUGCGGAACAACGGAAACUACCUGAUGAUUUGUUACUUGGGAAAAAAGAUAAAGGAAAAGAGAAGAAGCAUAAAAAUAAGUCUGGGAAGAAAGUAAAAGAGAAGAAAGAAGAAAAGGAAGAGAAGGAAGACAAACCUGAACAUAUCCAGUUUGUUGAAACUCCACAGAUUCUGCCUUCAGAACCAAUAGUAAUACAGGACAGUAGCAAAGGUGGUAAGAAGAAGAGCAAGGUCGACAAGGUCAAACCGAUCCUCGUAAAUAAAGAUGAACCAGUGGUAAUUGCUCCAGAUCUAUGUCCUCUGGAACCUUUAUCCGAUGAAAUCAAUCACUUUGACAGAAUUCAGCCGAAAGACAGCCUCGAACUCCGGAUGCGCAGUAGGGACAUUGUACAUCAAGUUAGCCAGUCCGAACCUGUCGUGAACAAGUCUCCAAAGGAUACUCCUACAAAGUCGAAGAAGAGUGUCAAGGAAGCUGGUAAGAAGAAAGAUGAUAACAAGGACAACAAGGAGCCUAAGGAAGAGAAGAAAGAGGUGGUUGCUAGUGCUAGUGCUCCUCAACAGCAAAUUGCGAAAGAAGUCACCAAAGAGGUGAAGGAGACCAAGGAGAUCAAGGAGACCAAGGAGUCCAAGGAAGUCAAAGAACAACCGAAGGAUAUAAAGGAUGCGAAGGAAAUCCCAGCGAAAGAAGUGAAGGAACUGCAUGAAAAGAAGGAAGUUGCAUCCACCGUGCAGUCGACGGUGAAGGAAUCGAAGAAGGCAAAGAAGAAGAACGACAUCCUGGCUCAGAUUGGCGGGGACAAAGAUGGAGUUAACGUUUCUCUCUUGAUGCCCCUGGUACAGAAGGCCGAGCUGAGCCGGUCUGAGAUCCAAAUUCUGAUCGACCAGCUGUUGAAUAAACAGCUGGACAAUCCUUUGGAGCAUUCGGAGUGGACCGAGGGCCGUGCAGAUCCCGUGAUCAAAUUGAAGAAACAAUUGGCCGAGAAGGAGAAGGCCCUGGCCGACGAGCACGAGGUUAGCGUUGCCUUUCAGAGCAAAUUGAAGGAAUUACGGGCUGAGCUCAAUGCCGAAAGGUCCAGACUGACGGCGAGCGUGAGACAGUUGGAGGAGGCGCUGAACGCCAAGGCCACCGAGGCCCUGACCUUACAUACUCGCAUGCAACACAUCCUGGAGAGUCAUGCCGCCGAGAAGCAAGGUUUUGCCAGGCAGAUCGAGCAAUUGCAGGCCAAGGUCAACGAAGACGCGGCGAUCAUUCACAAGAUGCAGGAAGACCAGGGCCAGACUCAGGGCCAUAUGCAGCAGGAGCUCAUCGCUCAGCGAAAACAGCUGGAAGUCCAGUUUGCUCAGAUGAGGGACAACGAGAACGCCCUGAAGGCCCAGCUUGCUCAGAAGCACGUGGAAGUGCAGGAGCUGCAAAACGUGAACAUGAGCGUGACCCAGGAGUUGCAGGCGACCUGUGAGAGCAGCACCGCCGAGAUCGAGAUGUUGAGGCAGCAGCUGGCUAUGAUGCAGGAACAGCUGAUCCACUCGGAAGGACAGAUGCAGCACUUCAAGGAGACCGGCGACAGACUACAGGAUAUGGCUAGGCAGCUCGAGGAGUCGCACCGCGCGAACGCUGACCUAGAUCACAGGGUGAAAUCUACUUUACGUCACGAGCAGGAUUUGCAAAAACAAUUGAAUUCUGUGCAGUCUGAGCUGAAUUUAGCAAAGGCUGAGGUCAGUGACUUGGCUUCUGCGAAAGUAGAGCUGAGCAAGGUUCAAGCUGAGUCCAUGAAAUUGAAGUCUGAGCUUUCGGCUACCCAAAACGAAGCUAAAUCGGAAGCUGCGGAGUUCACGUCUUUGAAGAACUUAAUCAAAGUGAAGGAGGAUGAGCUCAAGCAGUGCCAGAUGGAGCUCGAACAAGCGAAGGCCGAAGCCCAGAAGUCAGUAGCUGAGACGAGCAAAGUCCUGGCUGAAUUCGGAGCACUUAAGGAGGUGCUCAACCAGACGAAGGUGCAACUAACGAAAGCUCACGACGAUAUCGCGCGAUUGCAAGAGGAAAAGGAUAAACUCUCUGCACAGUAUGGAAACAUGUUGGAGCUCCAGAAACAAGUGAAACAGUUGCACGAAGAAAAUGAAUCUCUGGCUUCUCAGCUGGCGGCGACGACGGCGCGACCGGCCGCGGAAGGUCGUGAAAAUGGAAUCGAUGAGAAAAUUCAGAAGAAUAAUGUGGAGCUGGUGGAACAAGCCAAUCUGCUAGAUCAAAAGAAUAAGCAGUUGGACGCCUUGAAUGUCGAACUGAGGAUGAAAGAGUCGGAGCUUAGUAAAUUGCAUGAGCAAAUCGAGGUUCUUCAACGGGACGUCAGGAGUCAAACCUGGAUUGCGAAAGGGCUUCAAGAUAAGCUGGAAGCACAACAGACUAAGAAUAAUGAGUUACGUAUUAAGAACUGGAAAGUGAUGGAAGCUCUUUCUGCGGCCGAAGCUCGUGCUAAAUCCAAUACCGGCAAAAACAUUGAUGAGACAACGCAAAAAAUUAAAGCAGAGGAACAAGAAUCGGCGAAAGCCCUUUUGCAAAGGAUAUUCCCAGAUAUAAAGGUAACUGAAACGUCCCACAAUAAGUGGGUAACCGCUUUUGAGGAGAGAGUAUACGCAGCUCUCAAUGAGCUAAGAAAGAAAAACGAACCUGACAUAAAUUUGGAAAUGGAGAAACAAAAUAAAAAUUUACAAGGAAUGGUGUCCCAUUAUAAACAAAUUAUUAACGAUACGGAAGGGAUGCUCAAUGAGCUUCAGACUCAUAUAGAAUCAGAAGAGACGAGAUGGCAAGGCCAGAUUCGACAAAAGGAAAACGAAAUUGCAAAUCUCAGGGUAGAAUUAAGCGAUCUUCGAAAUAAGUUAGUCGAGAGUGAAAAGUUUCAGAAGAAAAUAGUUGAAUUAGAAUCGAGAUUAGCAGAGCAGGAGUCGCUCAAAGAAGAAGCUAAAGUUGGAUUAUUGGCACUCUCGUCUACUCAAAAACCUGGGCAGGUUGCUAAUCAAGAUCUACAUGCUGUAGAACAACUUCAAGAGGAAAGAGCUCGGUUAACGGACGCCUUGCAGACGGAGAGCAAUAAAAGAGCCACCUUAGAUGCCGAAGUAAUCAAACUGCGAUCCCUCGUGGAAACGAGCGAGUCAUGUUUAGCUCAAGAAAAAAAUCUCGUCUCUCAGCUUCGACAAGAAGUGUCGCAACUUAAGAGUGAAGUGUGCGGUGGCAGUAGCAGUUCGGGACAAUCGACAUUCAAUGGGCCUCCCGAAUCCGAUUCUACUAAAUCCGAGCCAACGUUAGCAGCGCAAUGUCUGAUAGCUGCGUUAGAAAAAACCCUCCUCAAGAAUUCAGAACUCGCAAACUGUUCUGUAGCCGAGUUCACCGAUUUGAUUCAAUCACGCCAAGAAACCGACAACAGCUCCCUUACCUCAGAAAUCUCUCCCAAAACCUGUCAUACGACAGAUCACAACACACAGGCUAGUUGGAAUCCCUUCAAUGGCCAGCAACACAAAAAGCACAAGAAAAAGAGGAAGGUAAUCCUACGAGUCUUUGAGAACGCAGGAAAUCUUACUACACCUCUGUUGUUCACCUUUGCCUUUGACGCCGGUAAAUGGCGACCAACAGUUUGUUUUAUUAUUUUGGGCUUAGUAUCGCCAUUUGUAUUGCCCCUAUAUUCGAUCAUUUAUUAUUUUCGAUUGCGUCGAAAGGUGAUUGGAAAACCAUGACGAUUCUGUGCCUGCGAGGAACACCCAUGCUAUAUUUCACUCAACAUAAAUUAGCAGUAUCCAUUGGAACGCAUUGGAAAUUAUAUCCUCCGUAUUUGUGGCCAUCCAAAGUAUGGAGAAUGCAUUUUCCGACUUACUUUCGCGUGAUCGUACUUUUCCAAAGCCAUGUACAACAGCUUUCCUUACUUUGCUGUAGCUACAACGCUCGCAGAUUGUGCCUUAAAGGGCAGUAUAUAUUUUGCGGUAAAAUGGAUAUUUGCAUUUAAUCAUGAUUUUGUUAGCAGAGAGUAACUUAUUUGCGGUAGUAGCUACCACACAACCGAUCAGCAUGAAUCUCGUUAAAUGGUAUUCCCGACGAAAGUACUAAGCGUCAGAACAAAUACAUUUUUUACAUAGCUUCACCACCUUAAUCGGAGUGAAACGUCAAGAUCCAGUCUUAAUGUAUACUGCAAAGAGAUUCUGCCCGUGUGUUGUAAAUAGUGAAUUAUGUCAGAAAUGUGACGCACUUCUAUCCUUCAUCUUUACUCGAAGGGAAUCUCACUUAUCUAGAAUUUCUUUGAUUGCCAUUUUAACAUUAGACGAGAGCUGAAGAUGCAGUUACACGUUCAGUUGCAACGGCAUAUCGAUUUCGCGGUUGCUCAACCGCCGGGAAAGAGAACUUUUAAUUAGGCAAUUGAAUCUCUAAGGCACUGACCGUUAAUCUUAGGUCCCUUGUCCCAGUGUUUGUUCCAUCUGAUACAUUCUGUUUAGUUCAAACUGGUUUGUACUCGGCAUAGGCGAUCGUUGCUUGAUACAGCAGGGCUAGCAUUUAAAGGUACCACGUCGCGCGUAUCGGUCGAUAAGUAAUCGAUUCAACCCUAUAAGCCAGUAACGUUUUUGUUGUCUUUUUGGUUGUUUCGACAGUCCACUAAGAAACCUACGUCAAAGCGGCGCAGAUUCGCAGGUAUGCAACAUUAUAGAAUGAGAUCCUAAAAUCGUUGGCUCCCACGUAGCCUAGACAGGCGGGUUAAUGGUAGGCUCUUGGCAAGCAAUUUGUUACUCAAUUUAUUCAACGCUCUCAUGUCCUCUCAUCUACCGGCCCGUUUUCGUCGCUCGCGUUUACGGCGAUCGCGAGUUCAUCUCAUUCACAUUGCGUUGAUCAUUCUCCAUGCGAGUACUAAUCUGGGUCUGCUUAGGAUAUAUCAAGCCACUCUCAGUAAUUCCCUAGUCAUUGUUCAUAACAGUAAUAUACAUCUCACAAGUUUAACGUCGCUGGGUACCGCUCAUUUCCCCCCCCCCCCCGUAGUAUAAAAGUAUUCUCUUAGAGACCAGCUUCCUUUAUUUCCUUUUUUUACCCCUUAUUAAAGUAGAGCCGCGUGGCGCUACAUUGGUGUUUCGCAACGCUUCAAUUUGUCGCUUUAGAUGUUAAUUUACAUUCCGUACGGCGCAUCUCGAUCGCUUCUCGUCCUGAUUAUAUUAUGAUUUAGCCCUGCACGGAACAUGUUCUCACGGGCCUUUGAUCCCGAGGAAUUUGCCGACAUCUCGAGAGUGGCUUCCUUGUACUUGCUUUUGGUGUAAUUAUUAUACUGUUCGGCUCGUUUGCGCGGUAUGAGGAUAGUGUCAACGGUGUACAAUUGUAGAGAGAGAAAGAGAGACAGAGAGAGAAGGAGGGAAGGAAAAGAAACGAAACUGUAAUAUAGGUAAAAUAGUUGACUAGGUAGUUAGAAAAAGUAGCCAGCUCGAGAGCAGCCUUGGAGACACCAUCGGAAAUAAAUCGACAUGCUUGUUUGCGGACGCAGCCGUUGGAUUUCUCGAUUCCUUUUGGAUCCCUUAAUUUUGUAUAUUAUAAAGAUAAAGGGUGUGAAUAUCGCAAUUAGUUCGGAGGAGCGGCUUAAUAGCGGUGCGAGUGCCGAAGCGCGGAAAUGUGACGAGCAAUCCUCUGUACAUAGUUCCCCAAUUGUUGUACAUAGUCACAGAAUGGAAAGAAUUUCGUGGGUACAAACACUGGGGUAAAGGAUGCAUUUCUUUUUCCUUCACAGCGAGCCAGUAAUCCUGUCGAUUAAUAUGAUACAUGUAUAUUACAUUAAUUCAUGGAGCUUGUACCGAUGCGUCCGGCGAUCAUCGACUUCUUACUUCACAUUUUAUUUCAGAUCUCGCGGGACUCUUCGUUUUAGUUUAAGAGAUUACCAUUCGGUUCACAAAGUGAAACUUUUUCACGCGUAUAUGCGCCAGUUAUUUUCUUUUUAUGUGCCGGAGAACCGAAAAUAUGUGUCACGGAAUGAUCAUUGACAGCGAGAUCUGCCAAUGAAAAUAUUAUGGUUUAUAAGUCCUCGUUCUGCGCACAUCUUUUCGGAUCUCUGAUUUUUCGAUAUUGUUCGCUUGUACAACGUUUUUUGAAACUGCUUCAUUAGACCUCUCCUUGACAACACCGGAAUGCAUUGUUAGACAGUGGUCAGUGUAUAUAAUAAUUUGUAUUGUUUGGGACGAGCUAGUGUAAUGUUGCAGGGCUCCUCCCACGCUCGCAAUUUCGCUGUUCCAGGCCCAGGCAGUACGAGUUAAUUUUCAACAGUAGACUUAUUAUGUGUGCUUGCCCAUUUUGCUCGCCGCCUGCAAUUAUUUCUAGUUGUCCUUAUUGUCGUAACGGCCAGAGGUUUUGUACUGUACAGCGAGUUGUUGUCUUUUUGUUCGUUAGCACUUGGUGAUGGCAUUUCUUUUUUUUUUUCUCUUUGUCUACGUUGGCAAGCCGUUUUUAUGAAUUUUGAGGAGAAGGAGAAGAUGAUGUAGUUGUCGCGAAGGUGUACCGAACCUGCAUGAAAGGACGUACAUACCCCCGAUUUUUACUGAAGUAAUAACGAAGUUGCAUAAUUCUUAGAAAGAAAAAAAAAAUGGCCGAAUGUACAACGUGUUUCUUUGUCGUUCUGUACUUCUGUUCUCGAUAACGUCGUCGUUUUUGCUGAAACACAUUGCAUAUUCGACCACGUCGUAGUGAAUGUACAUUAAGUAACGAUGCACCGCACCCUUGCGCAAAUGUGCAUUUUAGCACGAGUGCGCGAGGCCCUUUGUUGUCUUUCAUCGGAUACGGAAUUUAAGCCAGACUGAUAAAAAUAGAUGGAAACAUAAUAUUUGUAUAAAUUUGUAUGCACCUCAUAAUCGAAAUUUCACAUGGAAAAACGUAAACUGGUAACAUUGUACGUUUACCGUAUUAGUACAUUUUCACUUGAAUACAUUAUAAUUUUCUUUUAACUUAACCAAAGUGCCGAAUGUGAUGUUACGGAGACAAUGUAAUUCUAACCGGAAUUUAUUGUGGCAUCGAAGUGACCAAUGACCGAGUAUGUAAAUUUGCAUGGGGAUUUUUAUCAGGGUAGAUAAAUAAAAAUUCAUAAUGGUUUCGAAUGGACUCGAAUGGGUUUAUAUCCGUAUCUGCUGAAACGUGUAGGAAACGCACAAUUAAUUGUUAAGAGGAGCUUUCAAUGUCGUAUUAAUUGAAAUGGCACCGGAACCACGGCCAGUCCGACGGCGUAAUGGAUAUUCAAUUACCGUUAAACUG